GAGUGAGAGCGAGUGAGAGAGAUCAGAGCAAAGAUGGAGGGUAGUGUUGACUCCGCGGGCAAAAGUCAACGGCGGGUAGGGUUGUUAUACGACGAGAGGAUGUGUAAGCACUCCACACCGGACGGUGAGCCCCACCCGGAAAACCCUGACCGGAUUAAGGUCAUCUGGAACAAACUCCAAGCCAGUUCCAUUCCCCAGAGGUGUGUUCUUUUGGAAGCGAAAGAAGCCGAAGACAAACAUAUCUUGGCAGUUCACUCCCAGAAUCAUGUUGAUUUGAUCAAGAAGAUUAGCUCCAGGCAGUUUGAUUCAAAAAGAAAUCGAAUUGCGUCGAAAUUGGAUUCGAUAUAUUUAAAUGAGGGAACAUCUGAAGCUGCAUAUCUUGCCGCCGGCUCUGCCAUGGAGGUAACUGAAAGAGUUGCAAAAGGAGAAGUGGACUCUGCUGUGGCUAUUAUUAGGCCUCCAGGACAUCAUGCUGAAGAAGAUGAAGCUAUGGGGUUUUGUCUUUUUAACAAUGUAGCAAUUGCAGCAAGUUAUGUUUUAAAUGAAAAACCAGAAUUGGGAAUCAACAAAAUUCUGAUAGUUGAUUGGGAUGUGCAUCAUGGUAAUGCCACUCAAAAGAUGUUCUGGAAUGAUCCUCGUGUUCUAUUCUUCUCGGUUCAUAGGCAUGAGUUUGGUAGUUUUUAUCCAGCUACUGAUGAUGGUUUCUAUACUAUGAUCGGAGAAGGACCAGGAGCAGGAUAUAACAUUAAUGUCCCUUGGGAAAAUGGUCGAUGUGGUGAUGCUGAUUAUUUUGCGGUUUGGGAGCAUAUUUUGAUUCCAGUUGCCAAAGAAUUCAAUCCUGACUUAAUCAUAGUCUCUGCCGGAUUUGAUGCAGCUAUUGGUGAUCCCUUGGGCGGUUGUCGUAUCACACCAUAUGGAUAUUCAGUUAUGCUGAAGAAGUUGAUGAAUUUUGCCAAUGGAAAGAUCGUGUUGGCUUUAGAAGGAGGAUAUAACUUUGAGUCUAUCGCAAAGUCAAUGCUUGCUUGUGUUGAAGUUCUGCUAGAGGACAAACCUAUCCUUGGAUCUUCAGAGGCAUACCCAUUUGAGUCAACAUGGAGUGUGAUACAAGCGGUUCGCCAGACAUUAAGUGAUUACUGGCCAUCACUUACAAAUGAGUUGCCAGUGGAGUUGCUCAAUCAAAAGGCACCUUCACCUGCGUACAAUCGGACCUCAAGCUCUGACUCUGAAGUGGAGGAUCAUGAAAUUCCAAAAGUAUCUCCGCAUCUUGAGGAAGCUCUUCAGGAGAUUAUAGAGCCCCUUUCAAAGCUACAAGUUGAUGACGGUGCUCAGGCUUAUGUGGCAACCUGGAGGUCAGAGCUUUCAAAAUUUGACGUAUGGUAUGCUGCGUUUGGAUCCAAUCUGUUGUUGAAAAGACUGCUUUGCUAUAUUGAAGGUGGACAGGUGGAUGGUAUGCUAAAGCCAUGCGUUGGUUCAGAGGAUAAAACCCCACCGAAAGAGAUCAUGUGGAAGACCUUCCCUCAUCGCUUAUUCUUUGGUCGGGAAUUUACUCUGUCAUGGGGUCUUGGAGGGUCUGCGUUCCUCAACCCUGAGAGCAACAGUGAGGAUAAAACUCACAUGUGCCUAUACAGAAUUACGCUUGAGCAGUUUAACGAUUUGUUGGUGCAGGCAAAUUAUGGAGGCCAUACCUUGAGCUCUCCUUUGUUUGACUUGUCUGCUUUAAAUUCAGUCACAAGUGAAGAACCUCAUUCCCUGCAGGUUCUAGAGGGUUGGUACGGCAACAUUGUCUAUUUGGGAAAGGAGCAUAGCAAUCCAAUACUGACAAUGACGUGCACAAAAUCUAAUGUUGAGCGCUUCAAAUCUGGAGAGGUUGCGUUGUGUGCUCCAUCCAAGAAGUAUGCCAGCACAAUAGUGACAGGCCUGGUGGAAGGAAAGCAGCUUUCACAGGAGGAGGCACUGGCUUACAUACAAGAAGCUUCUACUAAACCAUUGUGAACUGGAUUGCAACUUCUUAUCGUUGCGGUCUUUUGUAAAUCAACAGUGUAACGUUAUUGCUGGAAUAGGAUUAUACAGAUGCCUAUUCAUAGGGAAUUAGGGAUAUUCAAAAACUUAACUAGAAAUGACCUUGACUAUCA